AGCAUGCGCGCGACCAAAACAGGACGCCCAAGCGAGCGCGCUCAGCGUGUAACCAAAGAAGGCUUUCUGAAAAGGAAGUUUCGUAGCGUAACCUUAAGCCAAGGUGCCGCAUUGAACUGGAAAAUAACCUUACAGGAGAAUUGUUUAAAAUAUAAACAUUUGUCAUGUUUGAGACCCCUCGCAGAUCUGCUACCGUUUUAAAUGCCUGGUCUGGGAGUUUGGAAGACUUACAGCAGCAGGCGCAACCGGUGUCUCCAGUCAGCACAGACAACACAGGCAAGAAAAAGAAAACGAAGCCGCCGCAACGCUCGGUCUCGGUCCCGCAGCUGUUCGCCUUGGAAGAUGCUGCAGACUCGGAGGCCGAGGAAAGGCGAACUGGAGAGAAAUGUCACAUAGAAAGAGACGAUGAAGAGUCGAUCCUUCGGGGUAUAUUUAAAAUAGAAAAAAAGAGCUGCGACGUAGAAUUAAGAGCGAGUAGAUUGGUAUGGACUCCAAUCCAGCCCGAGACCCCUACAGGAACAUCCAAGGCAGGUAUGCUGUUAAAUAAAGAUUAUGUUGAAUUGAAGGAGAUUUUCGCUGUCAAGCUGAAACGUCGCCGUUCUGUGGGCCAGCAGAAAGGAGGGACUCUGCUAGGCAUAACCCUCUUUCAGUGUGUGAAGAAAGGGAAAAAACUAAAGGACCAUGCCAUCCACCUCAGCAACAUGAGUGAGGACCACUGUGAAGUUUGGCUCAGACACUUCAAAGAUAUAUUAAAUGGAUUUCGGAACAGACCAAAGUCCUUGAAAGUGUUUGUGAAUCCAAACAGCCACAGAAAAGAAGCAAAUCAGAUCUACAGUGAGCAGAUUGCACCUCUGUUUAAACUUGCAGACAUCAAGACUGCCACCACUAUUACAGAGUAUAAAGGACAUGCACUUUCAGCUCUUAAAGAAUGCGAUCUGAAAGAAUUUGAUGGUGUGAUCUGUGUUGGUGGGGAUGGUUUUGCCAAUGAGGUGGCCUAUGGUUUACUUCUUCGAGCCCAGAUGGAUGCUGGGAGGGAUACAGACUCCAUCUUCACGCCUGUCAGAGCACCACUUCCUCUCGGCAUAAUACCAGCAGGAUCUACUGAUAUUGUGGCAUAUUCUGUUCAAGGAAUCAGACACCCUUUAACUGCAGCAAUGCACAUCAUUAUGGGCCAUUAUCAGUCAGUGGAUGUUUGUACGUUUAGUACUCACAGCAGGCUGCUUCGUUUUGGCUUCUCAGCUAUGUUUGGCUUUGGUGGGAGGACUCUGGCCUUGGCAGAAAAGCAUCGCUGGAUGCCAUCCAGCCAGCGGAGGGAAUUUGCAGUAAUCAAAACACUGGCAAAUCUAAAGCCUGAAGAAUGUGAAUUAACAUUUUUACCUUUGAAAAAUCCCAAGCAAGAAUCCCAGAAAACCACUAGAAGUAAGCUGAAAAGGGACAGCAGUAAUCAUUUUGAUAAUGUAGACCAAUGGCAAAGCAUCCAGGGUCUAUUUCUGAACAUCAGCAUUAUGGCUAUUCCGUGUCUGUGUUCUAUGGCACCUAAAGGACUGGCACCCGAUACCAGGUUGGAUAAUGGGAGUAUGUCUCUCAUCGCAGUUCGAAACACUUCUAGGGCAGAUUUCAUUAAACACCUGAAAAGAUACGGCAGUUUAAAGGAUCAAUUCAGCUUUCCAUUUGUUGAGACGUACACGGUACAGGAAGUAAAACUUAAACCACGAUCAACAAGUGGAUGGGCUGAUGAUUUGUCUGAAGAAAAUGUCAAGUUUGAUUCAAAACGCACACCCAUGAUUUCCAGUGAAAAAAACUACCCUUGGAACAUUGAUGGAGAUCUAAUGGAGGCAUCAUCAGAAGUCAAUAUAAGAGUGCACCCACGGCUCAUCACUUUGUUUGGGGUGACUACAGAAGAGUUUGAUGAUUCCACAGUGAAAUGCAGCUGUAUUUAAAAAGCCAUCAUAAGAACAACUUAGAAUGUAUGUUAUGUAAUCCCUAGAAAUAAUACCUGAUCUACUAAUUGCACAUGAUUGACCAGAGAGAGAGAGAGAGAGAGACUUGAAAAGGAUGUAGAGCUCUUAACUUAUUGUCUAUAAAAUAUGACAAAUAUACAAACAAUGUACUUUUAUAAAAAAUAAUAAAAAAAAAAAAGCACAGAACAAAUGCUGUUAUUAUAAUACAUUAUCACUACAGGCUCAAUAUAAUGUAUUGCUGUUACUAAUUAAUGUUUUUUAAAUACAAGCAUUUUUAUAUUACACAA